UCCAACCAGUCAACUUGUGUGCAGGAAAUUAUGUCACAAAACUGUGGGGAAAGUGGAUUGAAGUUGAUUAGGGUGCACAUUCUGGUGUACCUGCUGGCUCUACCAUUCUGCGAGUCUUUCCUCCCAAACUUCUGGUCCCGUGUGUUAACCCUUUCCUGGAAGUCCAACACACAUCAGGAGAUGACUGAGCAGGCCAUCCUCAACAUCACCCUAGAGACGUUGAGCAGCAUCAACACACAUAAGCAUGCCCAUACACAGAACCAAAUGAAGUCUGACCUGGGUCGGGGGUUCUGGCGAGCUGUGGGGGAGGUGGUCAAGUCAAAUGCAGCCAUGGACUUCCUGAGCUCCACUCGCUCCAAUCCGGUGUACCACUUCGACUCUGAGCGUAUUGAGGACGCCAUACAGAUGCUGCAGUUGCUUCAGUCCCAGACUGUAUUAUCUGUGCAGGCUAAAGAUUACCAGGGGGCCCGUCACAGUCUGGGCCAGCUCUUCCACUCUCUGCAGGACUUCUACAGUCACAGCAACUGGGUGGAGAUGGGCCAGCGUUCUGUCUACCUCCACCUUCUCAACCCAGACGAGCCUGCCCUUCCUGUAGCCACAGAGGACACUCCUACCUGUAUGGAGUGUUUCAGUGCCACCUGCAGAGACAACCUCCUACAGGCUCAGCAGCACCCCCUGAUGCUCACUACUGGCUACUUCAGCAGUGAUCCUCCCAAACCUCAAGGAAAGUGCAGUCAUGGUGGGAUCCUGGACAGCAGUCGCCAUCAGGGCGCUAAGGGGGGCAUCAACAAGGACAGUACCUCUCCCCUCUUCUCCCCACACCACUACCUCCAUGCCCAGGCAGCCAGACUCGCAACCGCGGCAACCAUCAAUGUGUUGAGAGACCUUCGAGACAAUGCUGGCCCCUCAAGCUUCCUCCGGCUCUUCAGUGUGAAGCAGCCACCAGCAUUGGUGUUCGUCAUGGAUACGACAGGCAGUAUGUUUGAGGAGAUCUCCGCUGCCCGCCAGCGUGCCCUCUCCAUCAUCCAGGCUCGUGCCGACAGCCUUGAGCAGCGUGGCACCUUCCUGCUGGUGCCCUUCCAUGACCCAGAUGUUGGACCAGUGUUAGAGACAGAGGACCCAGACCAGUUUAUGCUCUACAUGGAGGAUCUGAUGGCUCUGGGAGGAGGAGACGAACCAGAGAUGUGCCUCACUGCCAUCCAGCUGGCCCUCACUCAUAGCCCUGCCCUAUCCGAGAUAUUUGUUUUCACUGAUGCCUCCCCUAAAGAUGCCCAUCUGUACAGUGCAGUGAAGGCCCUCACACUAGAGAAACAAUGUAAGGUGACCUUCCUCCUCACCGAAGACCCCAGUCUGGAGAUGGUGAGCCGAGGGAGGAGAGAGACUCUCUCCCCAAACCGCUUCUCCCUCUACACCUCCCUGUCCUCUGUGUCCGGAGGCCUCACUAUCUUCACCUCCAACUCAGACAUCUACAGAGUCUCUACCAUAGUAGAGGACAAAACCUCUGCUGACAAGGUCACUCUGGUACAUGCAGAGAGUGACAGUGCUUCUGUGUCCAUCCACUCCUUCAGAGUGGACAGUGCAGUGAAGAGUGUGACCCUGCAUAUCACUGGAGACCUCACCGAAUAUACCCUGACCAGUCCAACAGGCCGUAGCCAGUCUCUGUUACAACAGCAGAGUCCCUUGGCAGAGCUGCAGCAGUCCAGGGGUCUGUAUCGGAUCAGUUUGCUGUCCCCUGUGAAGCCGGGCCAGUGGCAGAUGACCUACAGGGCAGAGGGACACACCACUUUCACAGCCAUAGGUGACAGCAGUGUAGACUUUCUGUAUUACUUUGCUGUGGAAGCCAAUGAAACACAUCCAGGCCUGGCCAGGGUAGAGGGGAAUCCAGUUGCAGGUGUUCCAAUGUUUCUAGUCCUGGUUGUAACCGGCAUUUUGCCCAAUGAAGAGGUGUUUUUCAGUCACGUGACUCUUCUUGGAGCCAAUAGGGAGAGCCUGCAAUCAAUCUCACUUAACUCCUCCUCUGCAUUUGCGGAGGAGCUUGUAGGCAGAAUGGACUCAGUUCCCAGAGAGCCCUUCUGUGUAAGACUGUCAGGUAGAGACAGGAAUGGGAACGAACUACAGAGGAUCUCUACAGAGAUGAUACAGCCAACUCAUGUUCAGAUACAGGUGCUGUCAGCCCCACGCCUGGUCCCUGGUCACACCAUGUCAGUAGAUUUUAAUGUCCUGAACCAUGGGCCCGCCCGCCUCUUUUCUCUGACUGCUGACGACGACCAUGGAUACCUCUCCCAGAGAGGACCUCAGUUGUUCCCAGUGGGAGAAAUGGGGUCUAUUAGAGACAAAGUGAACAUCCACAUUCCAGGAGAAGCAGAGGCAGGAGCGGCAGUCACACUGACCCUUACAGUGGAAGCUUUGGACUCUGCAGACUCCAACUAUGCAGUUCUCCACUUGAUUGUUGUCCCCCUGGACUUGGACACGUCCCCCCCAUCCUGCUCCCCUACACCUGUGAAGCAAACAUGUCCAUCUCAGUGUACAGGCUCUAGCUGGAGUGUUAAUCUUGCUGUCACAGACAAAGGGCGCUCAGGCCUUUCUUCUCUCCAGCUCAGCCUGGGACAGGGCACCCUCACCCUGCUGCAUGGCCCCGCAGCUCUGGGAGAUGGGUCUGAGGAGGACCAGCCCAGUCUCAGCAAGGAUCAGGAGACUGGGGAGCAGGGAAGGCCCAAGUUGGAACAAGGUGACCCGGCCAUGAACGUGUCAGAGUGGGUCGGAAGGUCAGGCCACCUGCCCUUGUGGGUGACAUACAGCUCCAGCUGCUGCUCCCCACAGGCUGAGCUUCUGGUGUGGGACUGGGCCGGAAAUAUGAGACGCUGCCAUCUGACCUCCAGCCUGCAGAGGGGGUUUGACGAGAGAAGCAAGGAAACAAACGGAAGUGGAAACACAACAACAGGCAAUGUUUUGUUGCUUUUGAGUACUCUUUUGACGAUUAUUUUGUAGUUCUACAUGGAGCAUGAGCAAUUCAGCUGUGCAGAUAUGGACUGUACAUGGAACAGGCCAACAGCAACUCCAGUAGGAUUCUCAGGAUACUCCCAUAAGUAAGAUUUGCAUACUGACGGGAUCAUGCAAAGCCUAUGACUUCAGUCCACUUGAAAAAGAAAAAAAAAUCCUAGAUCCAGAAUUAAUUAUAUUUCAUAGCUGGCGCCUGUUCCAGGAAUCAAGUUCAACGUACCGUCUUUUAAUUAUCUGGCUUCACUAAGACUAACAACCUCAAUCGACCUAAGUGGUUCCACAGUGGUAAUCAAGUGCUGGUCCAACCUUAAUGAUUGGUUGUGUUUAUUACAGUCCUGCAACGCUCACAGAUACCAGAUUUAUUUAAUUUUACUGUCAAACCUUUAGAUUUGUUGAUUGCUAUCAG